AUGGCGAACGUGGUAGAGGUCGUCCAGACCAAAGGGAAGCAGGAAUCCUAUGUCUUUGAUAGGAUUAUGGUGUGUAGUGGCCUUGAAACCGAUCCCUUCAUGCCACUCCAUAACUUUCCAGGAAUCACAAGUUUCAAAGGUCAGUGUGUCCACAGUUGGGAAUACAAGAGUCCAGAGAAAUUUCACGGCAAGAAAAUCAUUGUGAUCGGCAUUGGAAAUUCUGGAGGUGAUUUGGCGAUUGAGCUCAGUCAUGUAGCUGCACAGGUAUUUCUCAGCACAAGGUGUGGUGCAUGGAUUUGGAACUGGGUCUGGGAUUAUGGGAUGCCCAUGGACACUGUUCUCUUCACUCAUUUUAACUCUGUUGUCAACCAAGUUUACCCUACAUUCUUAAUCAACAGAUGGGCAGAGAAUAAAUUAAAUGCUCGCUUUAACCAUGACAUUUAUGGUUUGCUGCCUCAACACAGAUUCCUGAAUAAUCCCUGUGAUACACGCAGAGUGCAGUGUAAGGAUUACGUGGCUGAAAUUGCCUCUGAAAUAGGAGUGAAACCCAACCUGUUCUCACUUUUCCUGUGGGAUCCAAAGCUGGCUCUGGAAAUUUUCUUUGGGCCAUGCACACCUUACCAGUACCACCUACAAGGGCCAGGGAAGUGGGCUGGGGCCCGGGGAGCCAUCCUGACUCAGAGAGAGCAGAUCAUCAAGCCCCUGAGGGCUCGCAUCCUCACCGGGGACCAGGCUGCAUACUCUGUGCCAUUUUGGCUUAAAAGUGUCUGUGUAGCCCUUCGCCUCUUUGUUCUCACUUCAGUCAUUAUUAAAGGUUCUCUUCCUUCAACACUUGGAAACCUGACAGACUCUGAAUUGUCUAUUCUAGGACUAGGCCAAUUACCCUCGGUGAAGAACAUGAUGGCAGAUUUUGCCCAGAGGGAAAGAGCUAUGGAAAAACGGUAUGUGAAGACACCCCGCCACACCAUCCAAGUGGAUCACAUUGAGUACAUGGAUGAGAUCGCCGCCUGGGUGGGAGUGAAGCCCAACCUGCUAUUCCUGUUUCUCUCAGAUCCAAAGCUGGCCAUGGAGGUUCUCUUUGGCCCGUGCACACCAUACCAGUACCGCCUCCAGGGGCCAGGGAAGUGGGCUGGGGCCCAGAGAGCCAUCCUGACCCAGAGAGAGUGGAUCAUCAAGAUCCUGAGGACUCGGAUUACUAGCCAGGACAGUCACUCAUCCUCACCGCUCUCUUGGAUAAAGAUGGCAUCCUUUGGCCUUGCAUUUCUGGCUGCUGGCUUAGCAUACUUUAGAUAUAUUCAUCAUUGUAAAUGGAAAUAA